AUGGCAAGUCAAGAGAGGAACGGCCAAAGCAUCAGCGCAGGCAAACAGAUUCGUCUUUGGGGUGUCAAGGCGCAAGAAAAGCUGAGGUCGGCCAACAUUCUACUUAUCACAUUCAAAGCAUUGGCAAAUGAAAUAGCAAAGAAUCUGGUUCUUGCUGGUAUCGGCUCGUUGACCAUUUUGGAUCAUGAAGUGGUUACAGAGACAGAUCUAUGUGCUCAAUUCUUUGUGUCUCAAGAGCAUGUUGGGCAGAAUCGAGCACAAGCUGCAGCCCCUCAGGUCAGGGCCAUGAAUCCGCGAGUGCAGUUGCAUGUCGAUACAGAGGAUGUUCGAAGCAAAUCUCCAGAGUUCUUCAAGGACUUUGAUAUUACGAUAGCCACUGACCUCGACUUUGACACAUAUUCCACCAUCAAUGCUGCCUGCCGUAUAUCGAAUCGACGAUUCUACGCUGCUGGUCUGCAUGGAUUCUAUGGUUACGCCUUUGCAGAUCUCAUAUCGCACGACUUUGUAAUUGAAAGGGAGAAAUCGAAUGUAGCACCUCACAUGCAGGAGACGCCCACAAGAUCGAUCGUCAGUAUCACCACGAAGAGAGAAAACGAUAAGGUCAUUGAGAUGGUAACCAAGCGUGAAAUUUAUUCUCCGUUAUUACUCGCCAAUAGCUCCCCCCUUCCUGAAGAAUUCACUCGUGUUGCACGUAAGAAGAGGAACGUGUCGCCUCUUCUCAGUUGCCUCCGCGCUUUAUGGGAGUUUCAACGAACAUCAAACGGCAAACUACCCAGCUUUUCCCGCACUGAACUAGAGACAUUCACUCGACUUGUCAACGAGCGCCAUCUCGAGUUACAGCUAGACAUCAGCACAAUUGACUCCUCAUUCCUUCGAAGCUUUCUCGAAAACCUGGGUUGUGAACUCAGUCCCGUCGCAGCAUUUAUCGGUGGAAGUCUAGCGCAGGACGUUAUUAACGUGCUAGGUGGUCGUGAGCAACCUCUACAGAACCUGUUGUUGUUCGAUGGAGAAAAGAACGUUGCGCCCAUCUACCCAUUACACCCUAUCUUCCCUCCUCAGAUUGAAGAUAUGGCUGCUAAGAUAUCGCCGACAGCUACUACGGCUGUACCAGCUACAUCCUUGCCUAUCCUUCCCGGUACAUCUGUACCUUUGGGUAAUGGUGUUCCUACUUCUUAAUUAUCCUUUCCUCCAGCGGUAGAUGGAUAUACUACAUUUUGUCGCAACGGCUAAAUAGAUUCUUCGUUUCACUAGAGAGGAUUUAU